UUUCGCUUCUCCAUUAAUUAUGCCACUAUUUUACUCACGGGCUUCCAUCCUUCCAUUCAUCUGAAAAUGGAAAGCAUUGUGAAUUUUUCGCAUAGGAAAGAAGCUCUGUUCGACUUGUCAAGCGCUGUUCACGUGUUCACAUGAAAUCAAUUUUCUAACAUUUGUAAAAAUGGGAUCAGACCAUUUACACCGAAAAUGGUGUCAUCUACGGAAGGUUUUGGAGAGAUCUGGUCCAUUUUGUCGGCCGGAUUUCGAACCGUCACCGGAUACGUUACAAUUUUUGAGUGAAAAUUGUAAACUGUUGGUCAUUGGAGCGGGAGGAUUAGGGUGUGAACUUCUCAAGAAUUUGGCCCUGAUGGGUUUCAGACAGAUUCAUCUUAUUGACAUGGAUACUAUUGAACUGUCAAACCUCAACAGACAAUUUCUGUUUCGUCACAAAGACAUUGGUGCCUCGAAAGCUGAGGUUGCGGCAAAGUUUAUCAAUGCUCGAGUGUCAGGAUGUAACGUGAUGCCACACUUUUGUAAGAUACAAGAAAAAGAUGAAGCCUUCUAUCGACAAUUUCACAUCAUAAUCUCUGGGCUAGAUUCAAUCGUUGCCAGGAGAUGGAUUAAUGGUAUGUUGAUAUCACUGCUCAAUUACGAAGAUGGAGAAUUGGAUCAGUCCAGUGUUAUCCCGCUGGUUGACGGAGGUACAGAAGGAUUUAAGGGGAACGCAAGAGUCAUUUUACCUGGUUUAUCAGCCUGUAUCGAAUGUACAUUAGAUCUUUAUCCUCCACAGGUCACUUAUCCGCUGUGUACAAUAGCAAAUACUCCACGUUUACCCGAACACUGUAUCGAGUAUGUGAAAGUUAUUCAGUGGCCAAAAGAAAAUCCAUUUGACUGUCCCAUUGAUGGAGACGAUCCACACCAUAUAAAUUGGAUCUAUGAAAAGUCUAACGAAAGAGCUGUGCAGUUUAGUAUACAAGGAUUAACCUACAGACUUGUCCAAGGAGUUGUGAAAAAUAUUAUUCCUGCUGUUGCAUCGACAAAUGCAGUGAUUGCUGCCACCUGUAGUACAGAAGUUUUCAAGUUAGCGACAAGUUGUUGCUCUUCAUUGAAUAAUUACAUGGUAUUGAAUGAUCUAGAUGGGAUUUAUACGUAUACAUACGAAGCGGAAAAGAAGAAUGAUUGCUUAGCUUGUAGUCAAAUCCCAAAAGAGAUACGGAUUUCUGAUUCAUCAUUGAAGCUUAAGAGUUUGCUAGACAUAUUGUGCGAAAGGAUUGACUUGCAGAUGAAAAAUCCAGGUGUGACGGCAAACAUUGAUGGGAAAAACAAAACCCUGUAUAUGCAGACGGUUGCAAGCAUCGAGGAGAAAACGAGAGUAAAUUUAAACAAAUCCCUGAUUGAGCUUGGUUUAAAAGAUGGUUCUGAAAUAAUGGUGGCAGACAUCACUACACCAAACACAGUUGUACUCAAGUUGAAAUUUCCACCUAUUGUCACAGAUGUAGAAAUGGCGUAACGAUGAGAUCUUUACAUUUUAUUUCAAAUUACAUACUUUUUCAUAUAUUACAUCGACACACACCGCUAUAUAUGGUCGAGCGGCAACCACAAUCGAGUUGGUCUCUUAUGAGCAACUUAAUCCGAGCAAACAAGAACAAACUGCUAGUGUCUUAGCAAGCUCAUGUAAUUACGCAAAUGGCUGUUUGAUAUAGUCGAGACAAAUUUUACGUCAUAUCUAUAAUUUACGUAAUGUGCCCGUCAGAUGAAUUUUCAAAAUCGAUGAUUUUUCUGCGUCAUAUUACCAUUACUUUCAUUCACAAGAAUUCUUUUAGUUCAUUCUUCAUAUAGACAAACUUUACUUCGAUACUGUUUUAUAUUCUGUAUUUUGUGUACGUAUUUUGACGAAAAUUGUGAGUUGUAGUUGCUACCGCAAGAACUGCAGCAUGAAGCAAUUGAAACAAAGUUAAUAAAUGUAAAUUGGUUUAAUUUC